GUCGCUUUCGCGUUCCGUCUAUAGUCUCAACAAGGCGAAGUUCUGUGCUCAGAAUCUUAAAUCACUGAACGUGAGUGCUUUCUGAACUGUUAUGACAUUUUAAUCACGGGUUCGGGCUGGUUAAUAAUCGACCAGCUCCCCCUCUGCCUCCUCAUGGCAGAGCUCUACUAUGUUGGGGUGGACGUGGGGACAGCCAGUGUGCGGGCUGCACUGGUCACCAAAGAGGGUCUGUUGAGGAGCACUGCAGAGGAGCCCAUCAGCAUCUGGGAGCCCCAGUGUGACCACUACGUCCAGUCCUCCGCUGAGAUAUGGCUGAAAUGCUGCACAGUUGUCAAGAGAGUAACCCGUGGUGUGCAGAUGACCCAGGUUCGGGGGGUUGGCUUUGAUGCCACCUGCUCUCUUGUGGUUUUGGACCAAAGCUUCCAGCCUGUGCCAGUCAGUGAGGAUGGUGACACAGAGAAAAACGUGGUGAUGUGGAUGGACCAUCGAGCUGCAGAACAAGCUGCUCGUAUAACAAACUCUGGCCACACAGUCCUGAGCAGGGUAGGAGGGGUCAUGUCACCAGAGAUGCAACCCCCUAAGCUUCUCUGGUUAAAAGAGAAUUUAAAGGAAAGCUGUUGGGACAAAGCCGCCCAUUUUUUUGACCUACCUGACUUCUUGUCUUGGAAGGCAACAGGCUCAUUAACAAGGUCUUUAUGCACUCUGGUGUGUAAAUGGACAUACUGUCCUCCUGAAGGAUGGGAUGGCAGCUUUUGGACUAGUAUUGGACUGGAGGACCUUCUAAAUAACAACUUCUCCAAAAUAGGUAGUGUGACGUGCUCGCCAGGAAGUCCGUUGGGCGACGGUCUGACUCCGGAGGCUGCAGCAGAUUUGGGUUUGAACCCAGGAACAGCAGUUGGUGCUUCUCUCAUUGAUGCUCACGCUGGAGGCUUAGGUGUCAUAGGAGCUGAUGUGAAAGGCUUCCACUUGCCCUGUGAGCAUCAACCAAUCACGUCGCGCAUGGCGAUGAUCUGCGGGACGUCAUCUUGUCACAUGGCGAUCAGUGAGCAGCCUCUGUUUGUGCCCGGAGUGUGGGGACCCUACCUGUCUGCCAUGGUGCCUGGCAUGUGGCUCAACGAGGGAGGACAGAGUGCCACAGGAAGGCUGAUUGAACACGUAGUGAAGGGUCACGCUGCGUACACCCAGCUCCAGGAACAGGCUCAGCAGAGUGUUCCCUUUACAGGUGAGAACAUCUACAGCUACCUGAACAGCCACUUGAGCUUGAUGGCGAACUCUGGUUCUGCUGUUGAUCUGCUGGGAUCCAGUCUGCACGUUUGGCCGGACUUCCAUGGGAACAGGUCGCCACUCGCCGACCCCAGUUUGAAAGGCAUGGUGAUUGGACUGUCUCUCUCUCAAACCUUGGAUGACUUGGCCCUCCUCUAUUUAGCCACCAUCCAAGCCCUUGCACUUGGCACACUUCAUAUUCUAGAGGCCAUGAAAGGAGCAGGACAUGACAUCAGAACCCUCUUCCUGUGUGGAGGGUUGAGCAAAAACACCUUGUUUGUGCAGAUUCACGCUAAUGCAACAGGACUGCCUGUAGUGUUGCCAGAUCAGAUGGAGGCAGUUUUAGUGGGAGCAGCAGUCCUGGGUGCAUGUGCAUCACAGGACUACAGCACCAUACAGGAGGCCAUGAAGAAAAUGGCUAAAGUAGGAAGAGUUGUUCAGCCUGAGCGUGAACUGGAGAGCUUCUAUGAGAAAAAGUACAAGGUGUUCCUGCAGCUGUUCUCCCACCAGAGGGAGUACCAGGCCCUCAUGAGCCAGAGAUGACGGAGCUGGUGGAGGUGCUACGUGGCUGAUGACAAACCUACAUACUGACAACUAGAGCAAACGUCUUACCUAUCUGCUUGUCUUCUGUUAAAAAAAAUUCUCAAUACCCCGAAGGGAAACCACUUCCAGUGGCUGAGUAUUUGUCAUGUAGUUUGGUUGGUUCUUAAUUGUUUGGUUGCAAAGUAAAGAUGAGAUUUACAGCAUUUUAAACCAGCAGGCGGAUGCCUAUAGACAAGAUCUCUUUGGGGUCUUUUGGACUUACAGAUUCAAUAUUGCCGAACUGAAUAGGAACCAAUGUGUUUAUAAAUAGGUAUUGCCGCUAAGCUCCCUUUAAAGUCAAAUAUCAUCUUCAAACGCAUUCCUAAUAAAUAAUUCUUUAAAAAAAAUGUG